AUGGAUAUUAACCAUGUAGUAUUGGAUAAAGAAACAAUCAACCGAUUCGAACAGUAUACGUUGGCUAAACCCAAUGGAGCGAUCCCCUUGGACAGGUGCCAGGACGCCGAUUCAAUGGCCUCUAAUAGUAAAAAGAGAGCUCAAAGUUCUCGACAGAAAGUUUUAUGCUGCUUUUGUUUUAAAACAACAAAGUACCGAAGAAAACAAUUCAUUAUCGGUUGCCUAACAAAUGGUGUAAUAUUUUCAGUUUUAUUGGCUUACACGUUCCUUGGUUCAGUUAUAUUUUUAUCGAUAGAGGGUGGUGCUGAAGUACCCGCUCGACCUAGGAUACUUCCAGAUAAACAAAAUAUAAUACACACAGAUAACAAUGUAAAUAAAAAGGAAAUAGAAGACGGUAGCGAUAAUAGGAAUUUAACGCUAUCUGCUAACUAUUUUUGGGAUGCGAGAAGUAAAACUGUUGAAAAUAUCUGGGAAAUAACAGUGUCGUUAAACAUUUUAUACAGAGAAAAUUGGACGCGGUUAGCUGCACAGGAAAUUCUGAAGUUUCAAAAUGAGUUGAUGCAAAGAGUCACGACAGAAAUGGCCUCGCAAUAUGGCGUAAGUUACAGAGAAAUGGCGUUGGGUGAAUUUACCGGUAAUGAAAUUAGCAACCAUUACGAAGAGCAUGAAUGGAAUUUGGCACUUGCAUUUUUCUACUCGUUAACUGUUUUAACGACGAUUGGGUAUGGUAACAUCGCUCCAAGAACCAUGAUAGGCAAAGGUGUCACGAUUGCAUAUGCUCUUGUUGGAAUUCCUUUGACACUUGUCUACUUAUCAAGUGUCGGAUCUUUAUUAUCUAAGAUGGCAAGAAGUGUCUUCAGUAGAGCACUAUGUUGUUGUCUCUGUUCGAAUUGUGGCUACUGUUGCUAUGAUGAACGAAGAAUGGCAGAAAAAGAAAAAAGAAUGAAAUUAAAGAGACAACAAGAAGAAAUGCUUAAUAGUCAAAAUACGAGUAAAACACCAACAGAAGAAUGUUACGUGUUAAAAACCGAUAGUCAAAAGGACUCCUUAUCAGAAAGACCUACCACAAGUACAGCUAAAGAUGACGUCAUUAGUUGGCCCGAUACUGAUUCUAAACUAUCAAUGCACGGACUUAGUAUUUUAGCUCCUGUUUUUCUAUGUCUUGGAGCAAUUUUUAUCUAUAUAUCGAUAGGAGCCAUUGUAUUACUUAAUUUAGAUAAUAUGGGUAUUAUAGAUGGAUUUUACUUUUGCUUUAUGACUUUGAGCACAAUUGGUUUCGGUAAUAUCAUUCCAGGAAUGAGUUACACGACAAUUAAUGGUGUUAGAUAUUAUACAGUAAAUUCCAAUGUUUUGUGGUUUUGUUCAGCUUAUACUUUGAUUGGCCUAGCGUUAACUGCUAUGUGUUUUGGUGUAAUACAUGAUGAAAUAAUAUAUCGUAUAAAACAUCAACAGAAAGAAUGGUCGCAAAAACAUAACAUGGUUAACGAUGAGAUUAACUUAAACGAAUCUUUUUAUAUGAGUUCCUGA